UCUCAAUAAAACAUCAUCUACUUUAAACACCACAAUGGCAUCUGCAUUCAGCUUGCUCACAGCAGGAGGAGCAAAGUUUGACAAGAACAGGUUCAAGGACGACUUCCAGCUCUUCGAAGCGAAGAAGCGUAAGGAUCGUAAGGGUAAGAGCAAGCAGAUAGACACCCUGGCCACAGGAUCAGCCCUUCCCAGCUCGUUAGAUUUCUUUGGAGACCACCCCCACCCUCAGCACAAGCCAGAGCCAGAGCCGGAAUCCGAGUCCGAGUCAGACUUUGAAUCCGACUCUGGUUCCUCCUCAACAUCUAUACCUGCACCUCCUCCUCAAAAGAUUACCCUGACCGGAGCGGAACCACUUCCCAAAUCCCUUCACACCAAUCUGCCAUCAUUGGUCAAUCAUGAAUCCCACUCACUUACUUCUGCCGAAGGAGGACCUCUUCUGUCUGCUCUCUCUCGAGCAAACAUUCACUCUCUUUGGGGUGUACAGUGUGCUGUCGGAGGAUGCCUGUUGGAAGACAGAGAUACCCUGUGUGUUGCUCCCACCGGUUCUGGAAAGACAUUGUCUUAUGUGCUUCCCACCAUCGUCAAGCUGCGUGAGCCCGCAAGGAAACUCAAAGGCACCGAAGAAGGCAAAGGUGUGAGGGCAUUAGUUGUGGUACCCACGCACGAUUUGGCAGUUCAGAUCCAGGGUGUCAUCAAGGCGGUAACUAUGGGUAGGCAUUGGAGGUCCAUGGUUCUUACAAAGGCUACCGAGAAGGCGGUUUGGGAAAGUGCUCCAGGGGAAGCUGUCAAGACGGGCGAGGAUGGUGACAGUGAGAUAAAGGACGGAGAGGACAGUGGAGACGAAGAAGAAGACGAAGACGACAAUGGGUCUACUGGCUCUGUGGACGAGUUUGCGCCCAAGGUCUCUGGCAACCCCGAAGGACUAGGUAUCGACAUGCUCGUCGCUACACCAGAGCGUCUUCACCACCUCAUCGAUUCCAGACGAAUCUCUCUUGCUCGAACCAAAUAUGUUAUCCUCGACGAGUCGGAUCGUCUUCUUUCAUCCGAUUUCCUCCCCCAAGUCGAACCCAUCCUCUCAGCAUGCUCCAACCCUGCCGUCCAAAAGUGCUUCCUGUCCGCCACCAUGCCUGCAGGCGCUGAAUCCCUCGCCAAAAAAUGGCUAAAGGAUGGUGGCGUUCGUGUGGUUGUCGGCGUGAAAGACUCUGCAGUCACCACUGUCGACCAGUCCCUUCUCUACACAGGCUCCGAAUCGGGUAAACUCCUCGCCCUUCGAAACCUCAUUUCCUCCGGUCAACUUCCAUACCCUUCACUUAUCUUUGUGCAAUCUAUCGACCGAGCAGAAGAGCUUUACAAGACGUUGGUGUUGGAUGGGAUUAAGGUGGAUGCUGUGCAUGGUGGCAAGGCAAAGACGAAGAGAGAUGAGGCUAUCAAGGACUUUAGGGUGGGCGCGGUUUGGAUGCUGGUCGUCACGGAAGUUUUGGCGCGAGGAAUGGACUUUCGAGGUGUCAAGGUUGUCAUCAACUAUGACUUCCCCCAGACUGUCCCGAGUUAUAUCCACCGAAUAGGUCGUACCGGUCGAGCCGGUCGUCCAGGAAAAGCCAUAACAUUCUUCAACAUUGAAGACGGACCUUACCUCCGUACCAUCGCCAAUGUCCUCCGCUCUUCUGGGUGCCCAGUUCCAGAGUAUAUGCUGGAUAUGAAGAAGCCUACCAAGAAUGAGAAGAAGAAGCUCGCCAAGGCCCCACCGAAGAGGAAGGCUGUUGGUGGAGGUGGAAGAGACUUGAAUAGGGAAGCAGGGAAGAAGAAGAAGCAGAUGGUUGAGGCUAGUAAGAAGAGGAAGAUGUUGGAAAGGAAAGGGAAGGGUGGAAACGAGGAGAAGAAUGACGAUGAGGAAUAGGCCUGUUUUAUGAUUUGUGCAUGUAACAUCUUUGGA